GUGACGUCACUACAAACAAUGGCAGCCAGCGGCACAGCUGUAACGGUUCUGACUCCAAAUGGGAGAAGACAAACAGUUAAAGUGGCUCCAAACACGCCGUUAUUACAGGUGCUGGAGGACGUCUGCAAAAAGCACGGAUUUAACCCCGACGAGCACGGUUUGAAGUUUCAGAGGACCGUUCUUGACCUCACGCUGCCAUGGAGGUUUGCCAACCUGCCCAACAAUGCAAAACUGGAAAUGGUGACAAGUACGAGAAAACAAGGUGCAACGGACAGCCAGGUGCGGAUUGCUCUCCAGAUGGAGGACGGCUCUCGGCUCCAGGAUUCCUUCUCCUCUGGAUUGAAUCUUUGGGAAGUGCUCACACAUUUCCCCCAGAUCAGCGUGUCGGAGCUGUCUGACUCAGGAUCCACUCCUGUGUGUGUUUACAUGAGAGACGAGGUGAGCGGGGAAGAAGCACUAAAGAAGGCCACUCUGAAGUCUCUGGGUCUUACAGGUGGAAGUGCCAUUGUCAGAUUUUUACUCAAAAAGGACAAAACACCAGGAGAGGAAGAUGAGCCUGAAACACCUGCUAUGCCAACCACACCUGUUGCCAAGGAAACCACGCCUAGCGUAUCACCUCAACCUGAUCCUGUUCCAUCGCUUCCAGAGGCGUCAACCACAACGGUGCCAAUUAAAAAUUCAAGCCCUGAUUCGCCAAUGGAAACCAUACCUGCACCAGUUCCCAUGAUGGCCACAGACACAACUCCUGUUCAGAAUAAAGAUGUUCCAAACUCCCAGGAUGCAGUUCAGCCUAAAGUCCCUCCCACAGGAAGACAAACACCAGAGGCAGAUGGAGAGGAAGCAGGGCCUUCAGGACUGAACUGUCACCCAUCUUCUUCUGCUCCCUCGGCUCCAUUCAUUCCUUUUUCUGGGGGUGGUCGGCGUCUUGGGGGUCCGGGAGGUGGAGCAGUUGGUCGCUCACUGUCUUCAUCAUCAUCAUCAUCGCUGUCAGCUCUUACUGCUGCAGUAGAAUCACCCAAAGCCAAGAAAGCCAAAUCCAGCCACAGUUCGAGCAGCAAGUGUAAAGCCACUGCCAGCCUGCAAGACAAUGACAUGGAUCAUGAAGAAGAGUUCUUGGAGCCGGUGGAGAGGGAGCCUCUUAUCUACCACUUGGACUCGAUGUCCCAUCACUCUGAGGACCUGUCAGAUCUGCCCGACGAGUUCUUCGAGGUGACCGUGGAUGACAUCCGGAAACGCUUCGCCCAGCUAAAGAGCGAGAGGAAGUUGCUGGAGGAGAGUCCGCUUAUGACCAAAUCUCUGAGAGAAGCACAGAUGAAAGAGAAGAUGGAUAGAUAUCCCAAAGUGGUCCUGAGGGUCCAGUUUCCAGACAGACAUGUUCUGCAGGGUUUCUUCAGGCCUCUGGAGACAGUCGGUGCUGUGAAGCAGUUUGUGAGGAGUCACUUGGAGGAUCCUCAGCUUAGUUUCUACCUGUUCAUCACCCCUCCAAAAACUAUCCUGAGCGAUCCUUCAGCUACACUAUUCCAGGCCGACCUGUUUCCUGGUGCAUUAGUGUACUUUGGCUCCGAUGUAAAAACAGAGUUUUACAUAAAGGGAGAACUGCUUGAAUCUUCUGUCUCGGCCUUUCAAGCAAAUGAGUCCAUUGCGAGCUGCAUGCUUCGGUCCCCGACGCCCCUGUCCAGCUCUGUGGGGUUCAAGGAGUCGCUGCCGCCUGCCCAGGAGCCCACAGCGAACAGCAGCGGAUCCACACAAGACGAGCGGGAUCUGUCUGCACAAACCCAGGCUGCUAAACCCACCAGAUCUGACCCGGGGAAGGUGCCAAAGUGGCUCAAACUUCCAGGUCAGAACAGGAUGGCGAACACACACAAUUGAGUUUGAGUUUCCACACCUGCACUUCAGCUGAGGGGGUCCAGAUCAAUAGGGCUUUUACCAUGAUUUAUGUUUUUAUAAAUAAAUCAUGAGCACAGAAGAGACCAGAAGGUAACUUGUUCAUUGGACCGUUUUGCCGAUGCAGCGCAUUACUGGACCUCAUGUUUAUUUGUCUUCUAGUGUCACAAAGAGCUCACCAAGGUGUUAAUGAUCAUGAAAAGCAAGCUCCUUCAAACGUGGAACAUUGCUGACUUUAUUCCGUUAAUUUUUGUCAUUCAGACAACUUUCAUACUUAUAUUAAUGUUCCUCACAGCUUCAUUCAGACACACCCACAGACAUGGAUUGGUUCAGGGUUUGCACAUUAUUUGGGCUGGUUGCGUCAGAUUGGACAGAAGUGAUGUAUAGUGUCUCCCCUCAGAGUUUUCAUUUAACAACAUGUUGGUGGGCGUGCAAGAGAGAUGUUUUUUCUCGUUCUAUCACUGCUAUCUUCAGCAAUCAUGUUUUUUAGUGAGCUGAGAAAAAUCGACACAAAAGAUGUGCAUGAAAAACUGAAGCAAAGCAGAGAAGAAAGCAGUGCUAAUACGCAACAACAAAAGCAGAAGCUGUUUGCUUUACCGGAUCCAAAGAAACACCAACCGGUUUAGUUGCCAUGAGAAUAAUGGAAAGGAGUGCAUGUCUAAAAAGGGCUUUAUUAGUUAAAUUAGGUACAUGGUCAACAAUUUAAAGGGUUAAUAGGUUCAUUCUUUGGCUCCUUUCAAAGUAUGAAUCGCCAAGACACUGAACCCCUAAUUGCUUGAUAAGUCUGUGUUUUAAUAAAAGCCCUGUACAAAUGCAGUAGAUUCACCACAACAGAACAAAAUACAGUAUAGCAGCACAACACAGAUUUGUUUUUAAGUCUUUUUACUUUUUGAUGCAUCAUAUAAAGUUCCCUUGCUUGUGGUAAUGCCCCUAUGUGUUCCUGUGGUUUAAAAAUGACCAUUAUAUUAUACAUUAUUCAGACUUUGCUCUUCACCAUGACAUUCUGCUGUCAUUUCGACUGCUGGUCCAUUUCUGCAGUAAAACACUGGAGUUGUUAUCACUUGUCAGGAAUUAAUUUCGUCCAUUGCAGCAAAACACGAGCUGUCGGGAAUUUCUCCAGUGAUAUGACUGGCUAACCACAACUAAAACCCCAGAAACAAACGAAGCCCAGCAAUGGUAAGGCUACAAACACCAUAGCUGUGUUAUACCAAUGCUCUCUUUUCACAGAGAAAAUGGGAUGUUCACAAUUAUGUGGUAUUUAAAUAUAAUACGACCCCACUUUGAUUUUUACUUGUGCAUUUAACAAAGGAAACAGAAGGCAAAAAUAUGUGUUUAUAAAACUUAGCCCAGGUUCAACACAAGCAAAAAAACACAAAGAAAACUUUGUUCUCCACAGACACAUCUAUCAAAUAUGGUAAGUCAUCUGAAGUCAGUUGCAUUCACAGUAUUACCUCAGCCACCAUAGACUGGACUUCAGCAUCUCAAGCACUUCAUGUAAAACCUCUGUCUGUAAUGGCAGAUAAAUUGGCAGUAAUCCAGGAAGGGUUUGCACCUUUUGUUCAAACUUUCAGUUGUUGAAAGUGUUUGCCAGGUCUGGAACCUGAACAAAUAGUUUUUAUUAUUUUGCACAAUAUGGUAGGACAUUAGAUCAUUUUCUGUGAUCUAAAUUAAUUAUACACAUGUUCAAGACACCAAGCAAAAAAGUUACUGGAUCUAAUUGAAGUUAAAUUCUCAGCGUGCUAGUCCUCGACUUUUUGAAAUAAAAAUAUUUACUCUCAUAUUCAUGUCAGCGCUGCAGCUUCCAUCGACGCCUUCUUGACAGUUUGUGAUCAGCAGAUGGGUUUAAUAUUAACACAGCUUUUGAACUGAAACAAAUAUAUUUGCUGUUGCAAAAUUGUGCAGUUGGUCUGUUUUGCUUUCACACCUCAAAUAUGCUAAAAUCCAGCAGGAGGACCCACUUUUUCUGACAGCGUUCAGUCUGCAUCGGGGCUCGGGUUUGAUUGGCAGCUUCCACUCCAGCCCAAACGAACCGGUGAACACACCCGAGUGAGGUGUGAAAGCACCCACACGCACUCAGUACAACAACAAACAAGUAUUUCACCCCCUAGCCGUCCUCACUUCCUCUUUUCUGCGGGGAAAGAACAGAAGGCUUUGAGCCACACGAUUCUUGUCAUGGCAAACACACACACGAAACCCCAAAACCGCAGUUAAUAGGAUCUGGCUUUUUGAAAGCAGAAUUCCUGAUGACUCAAAAGAUAAGGAUGCAUGUUAGGAUGAACCAAUUAGUUCAGGCUGGUCACCCCCCCACCCCUCCGGUCCAGGAGACCACUACAGACACUCAGUGCCCAGAGAGGGAGCCUGCUGCUGGGCCACAUCACACGGCACGAGUCCCUGCGGUCUGUCCAAGCAAAGAGCUUUUUUGUUGUUCUAUUGUGGUGUUUCUGGUCACCGUAUUGAUGUUUUUGUUCAGAGCACUGCUGCUUCCUCGCUCUCUUUCUGUCUUGUUUGUGUUUUUGUGCGCAUUUUAUUUCUGGCUGAUCUCUGUGUGUGUCCAUGAACGUCUCGUGGCUGUUUUCUCUUUCAUGAGGAAAGUUAAAAGAAAAAGACGGAGGGGAGGGGGGCUGAAUCAGGAAUUAUAGAUUCCAUGUGUGGACCACUACAGAGGACACACACAACCACACACAGUUAACAGAGUCCGUCUGAAACUGGUUGUCCGUUACUGAAGAUAUUAACACUGACAUGCCCGAGUGUUCUGAUGCAUCCUGGAGGACUCAGCGUUGGAGCCAGUUUACUUCAGGUCUGCAGCGCUCUGCAGACUUUGUGGCACUUGUUUUACAGCUUAAUAUCUCUUAAAUAAAAAAAAUUGUCUACUUCUUCUUAUAUUGGGAUGAUCGACAUUGUGUUGAUGCCGCGUUGACAGGAUUUGUUGCAUGUCUCAUGUUUCACACUGAGUUUUCAAGAAUCAGUCCCAACUGGAUGAUGCAGUGCUUGUUUUCCAUUGCAUGCAGUGUCAGUUGUGGUUAGAAAACAACAUACAUGCUUUUUUUAUACCUAAAUUAUUCAUCUUUGUGGUAAAAACACUCGUAUCGAUCAGAAUGUGUGUUUUGAUGAGAUAUGUCUGAGUUUUGACUUGUACACCAGCAUUACAUGUCAGAAAAUCCUGCACACUUUCUAAGGGAAAGCUACAACAGUGUUAAAAAGCACAGCUAUUAAUUGCUUUUUCUUGUUUCCUACACAGGUAAGAAAUAGGACUUGUGCUGUGUGUGGAUGGAGGAAUGACCACGACAGACUGACGCACUUAAAUCUUAGCUAUGCUUCACUUAGAGGCUCAACUUUGUGACCGCAGCGGACUUAUUCCGUCGUGGAGGAUGCCUUCACUUACCUAGAUCUUAAAACGGUCAAAAUUAUGCGAUAAACAGCGGAAUUACUGAAUUGCUGAGAAGAAUGCUGUGUUUCAUUCUAGCUGAUUGCUGGAAGGAGAAAGUGUUGAGGAGAAAAUGUAGUGCGAAGUGAAUAAACGUUGUUGUACUAAA